AAGAGAAAUGGAUGUCAAAAGAUUUCUCUUUGGGUUCUCCAUUUUGUUUCUCUUGGUAGUCUGUGAUGUCUCUGCUAAUAUGGUAUUGAAUGUGAAACACAAGUUUGCUGGUCAAAAACCAUCAACGAGUGCCAUGAAAGAACAUGAUAGUCUUCGUCACCAACGAAUUCUGUAUGAUGUUAAUCUACCAUUGGAGGGAAAUGGACUUGUGAAUUCCACUGGGCUUUACUAUACUCAAUUUGGAAUCGGCACUCCUUCAAAAACCUACUAUGUUCAAGUUGACACCGGAAGUGAUGUUUUAUGGGUGAAUUGUGUUGGAUGUAAAAAAUGUCCAACCUCAAGCAGUCUUGGCGUAAAUCUUCAGCUAUAUGAUCCAAAGGCAUCAAGUACAGCACAAGAUGUUAGUUGUCAGCAACAGUUCUGCACUAUUGCAAAUGGAGUCGUUCCCAGUUGCACUGCUAGUUCUAGCAUGCCCUGUUCUUUUUCCUUGACAUAUGGGGAUGGGAGUUCAGCUUCUGGAUAUUAUGUGAAUGAUGUUAUACAAUACGGCCAAGUGACUACAAAUGGAACUUCACCAACAAACACAAGCUUGAUAUUUGGGUGUGCUGAUACACGUACCGGUAAUCUAGCUUCAUCUAAUGGAGCACUUGAUGGGAUACUUGGUAUGGGACCUGCAAAGACGUCCUUUGUUUCACAGUUAGCUUCAGCUGGGCUGGUUAGUGACACAUUUGCUCACUGCUUAGCUGGUGCUAGUGGAGAUGGAAUCUUUGUUAUUGGAGAAGUGGCACAGCCCAAAGUAAAUUCAACUCCAUUGAUACCGAAUCAGGAGCUUUACAAUGUCAAUAUGGAGUCAGUUGACGUCGGUGGCACUGCUCUACAAAUUCCAGCAAGUGCAUUUACAAACCAAGAGACUAUAAUCGACAGUGGUACAACCUUGGCCUAUCUUACAGACGCGAUUUAUGUGCCCCUGAUGAAUGCGGUAACGGCUCAAUACCCUAAUUUGAUGAAUCAAACCUACCCCUGCCUUCCGUAUGCUGGAAGUGUGGACACUGGAUUUCCAACUGUUACUUUUAAUUUUCAAAAUUCACUAUCAUUGACGGUGUAUCCUCAUGAUUAUAUGAUUUAUGACCAAGGUCAAUGGUGUAUUCUUUGGCAAGAUUCUUCAAGUUUGGCCGCUGGGGCAAUGAACUUGAACAUUUUGGGAGAUUUAGUCUUAUCAAAUAAGCUAGUAGUAUAUGAUCUCGAAAAUAGUACCAUUGGAUGGACUGAAUACAACUGUUCUUCCAGCAUUGCACUGCAGACUGGUCCAUCUGGAGCUACAUCUCUAGUAGGUUCUCCCGCUAAUCCUUCUUCUGCUUGGAGUCUGGAUGUGGAAAGGUUUAUUACUUUCCUGUUGCUAACAGUCGUGCUAGCUGCAUAUUUUAAUUAACUGACUUUUGGUGAUCAUGGGUUGUGUGGGUUGCUUUGAUUUUCAAAUUUCUGAUUGAUACUUUUUGUACAUUACUCAAUAAUUUUUCGGUGUACAUUUAUUGAGAGAGUGAUACAGCCAGAUUUGUCAGUGUGAAUACAGUGUAUCUUACAAAACAUUUGAUACUGAUCCGUGAAUUUUAUUUGCU